UGUAUACAGUACAGUGUAUGGGAUGAGGAUGGGGAGAACACCUGGCCAGAAAGCAGAGGCAGACUUCUGUGGAAGUGCUGGCACCAUCCUAGGCACGAUCCAGAGGACUCUCAUCCCAGGGACCUUCCUCUUUAUCCUGGCUGUGGGACUAACUUUGAACAUGCCCGUCAUCUGGAUCCUCGUGUUCCGGGUGAAACGCUGGAACAGGAGCACUAUUUUCCUUUGUAACUUAGCUUUGGCUGACAUCACUUGGAUCUUAACCCUCCCCUUUCUGAUCUACUACCAUCUGAAUCAGCUGCAUUGGAUCUUUGGAGAUGCUCUUUGUAAGAUUACCAGGACAAUUUACCAUGUUUGCUAUUAUUGCAGCAUCUACUUUGUCACUUGUCUGAGUGUGGAUCGCUAUUUGGCUAUAGUGCAUCCGCUAAAGUCUCUGUGGUUGUUAAAUAAACAACAGUCACUACUGAUUUCCCUCUCCAUAUGGGCAGUAACUAGCUUGGCCAGUGUGCCAGUCCCCUUUGUUGCCAGCACCCAGAUAUGCCCAGACAACAAAACUAUUUGCUCUCUUUAUGUAUUUUCCAGCUCCACCUAUAUAACGCUUCCCUUUUCCAUGUGCUGCACGGUGGUUGGCUGCUUGCUGCCUUUCAUUGCUAUCUGUUACUGUUACUGCAGCAGUGUCAGGACACUGCAAAAGACUGGCCUUCAUCACUUUCAGAAAAAGGAUAAGCUCACCAAGCUCAUGUACUCUGUUCUGAUAAUUUUUGCACUCCUUUAUUUCCCUUACCACCUGUCAAGAAACACCUGCAUCUUCUUAAGAGCAUUGUGGCCCAAUGGCAAUAGGUCCAUUGAGAAUGCAGACACCGUGUUCUUUGUAGAGGUAGCAGUGUGUAGCCUUAAUACUUGCAUCAACCCUCUCUUCUGUUUCCUGGCAGGAGGGGAUUUUCGAGACCAGGUUUGUAAAAUAGCCUCUUCUUAUUGUCACACCAAAACCUGGAGGAGUCAACAGCAAAGGACAUCUGUGUACCCAGUAUAA